AUGGGCAUAUUAUUUCUUGGAAUAAAUGACUUAAAAGUUAUACGUAAGUGCCAUAAUAAACUACAUAAUUAAAAGGGAAAAACAAAUCAAAAGGUACUAACCUUUCGUCUUGGCCGGAGUGAACCGGCACUUUUAGAUAAUGGCCAUGAUUUUCACGAGGAAAACGCUGAAGCUGCUUAAUUAUCGCCUCAAAUGCCUAAGUUUAUCCAGUUCCGGUCCAAAACGAAGAAUCCAGAGCACUGUCAACGGAGAGGCUCCGUCCGUGGAGGUGAACUUCAGCAAUGGACGUAACAUGAGCUUCAGUUCCGGCCGCCUGGCGAGGUUCGCCAACGGAACAGCAGUGUGCCAAAUGGGCGACACCGCAGUCAUGGUCACCGCGGUGGCCAAAUCGAAGCCCAAUCCCGGCCAGGGAUUCAUGCCGCUCGUGGUGGACUACCGCCUGAAGAACGCCGCCUCCGGGAGGAUACCCAUGAACUUUAUGCGCCGGGAGCUGGGUCCCUCGGAGAAGGAGAUCCUGUCCGCCCGCCUGAUUGACCGCUCGCUGCGCCCGCUCUUCCACAAGGAUUACCGCACGGAGACACAGCUGGUGUGCAACAUGCUGGCCAUGGAUGCGGUGCACAGUCCGGAUGUCCUGGCCAUCAAUGCCGCCUCCAUGGCGCUGUCUUUGAGUGAUAUUCCCUGGAACGGACCCAUUGGAGCAGUGCGCGUUGGCCUCUGCAAUGGCGAGGUGGUGAUUAACCCCACUCGCCGGGAGCUACAGUCUUCGCAACUGGAUCUUGUAGUCUCCGCCACCAAACAGAACCUCGUGGUCAUGCUGGAGGGCAAGGGCAAUGUGGUUUUGCAGCAGGAUCUCCUCAAGGCCAUCAAACAGGGCACCCGGGAAGCACAAUUCAUCAUCCACGAGAUCGAGCGGCUGCAGGCCUACGGCAGGCAGAAACGCGAAGUAGAGUCGGCAGCCGAGGUAGACCCGGAUCUGGAGCAGGCUGUAAAGAGCAUGUGCGAGAUGCGGCUGAGAGAGAUCUUCCAGGACUCACAGCACGACAAGAUCUCGCGUGACAACGCGGUCAACGAGGUGCGCUCCAACGUCAUCGACAAGGUGUGGAGUUCCUUUCCCGACACGGAACCUUCGCAAAUCGGCGAGCUAUUUAACCAGGCUAGCAGAUCCAUUUUCCGGGAGCUGAUCUUCGAGCGGGGACUUCGCUGCGAUGGACGGGAGUACGACCAGUUGAGGAACAUCUGCCAGGUGGACAUGUACAAGCCGCUCCACGGAUCCGCCUUAUUCCAGCGUGGUCAGACGCAGGUUUUCUGCACGGUUAGCUUGGAUUCGCCGGAGAGCGCGAUGAAACUGGACUCGCUGGCUGCUCUGGAAAGCGGUGGUCUGAAGGCCAAGAACUUUAUGCUGCACUACGAGUUUCCGCCGUAUGCCACGGGUGAAGUGGGUCGGAUUGGUCCAGUGGGUCGCCGUGAGCUGGGCCAUGGCGCCUUGGCGGAGAGAUCCUUGCUGCCCACCCUGCCCAACGACUACCCUUUCACAGUGAGGCUCAUCGAAGUUCUGGAAUCCAACGGCAGCAGCAGCAUGGCCAGCGUUUGUGGUGGCUCUUUGGCUCUCAUGGACGCCGGAGUGCCAGUCAGUGCGCCCGCAGCGGGUGUGGCCAUUGGCCUAGUCACCAAGUUCGAGAACGAGGACACCAAGCACCUGCAGGACUACCGCAUCCUGACCGACACUGGUAUCGAGGACUACAUGGGCGACAUGGACAUGAAGGUGGCGGGCACGCGGAAGGGCUUUACCGCCAUCCAGGCGGACCUCAAGGUUCCGGGCAUUCCUCUAAAGGUAGUGAUGGAAUCUCUGCAAAAGGCAACCGAUGCCAAAUCCAAGAUUCUGGACAUCAUGAGCGAGGCUAUCAGGGAACCAAGAAAAUACCCCAAGGAAAGCUGGCCAGUAAGCGAGACCCUAACUGUGGAGCCGCACCAGCCGCAGUUGAUUGGACCCAGUGGCCUCCACAUGAAGCGGAUCUAUCUAGAAACGGGCACCACCCUAACCGCUGCCGAUGAGACCCAGUUCAAUGUAUUCGCACCUUCUCAAGCUGCCAUGGAUGAGGCGAAGGAACUAAUCGAAGGCUACAUGGUGAAGGAGCGAGUGCCGGACCUGGAGUUUGGCGGAAUCUACUCUGCCAAGAUCACAGAACUGCGGGACACUGGAGUGAUGGUCAUCCUAUAUCCCAGUAUGCCACCCGCUCUGCUGCACAACUCGCAGCUGGAUCAGCGCAAGAUUGCCCAUCCCUCUGCGCUAAAUCUGGAAGUGGGUCAGGAGAUCCAGGUCAAGUACUUUGGCCGCGAUCCCGUCUCCGGUUUCAUGCGCCUCUCGCGAAAGGUUCUCCAAGGACCCGCCUCGGCGAUCCCCCGUUCGCUCAACAAAUCUGCCGGAGAAAGUGGAACGUGAGUUCCGCGAUGUGGAUAAAACUUGUACAGUUUUCGUUUGUUAUGUUUCCCCUUCGGGAAGACACUUUCAAAACAUGCAACUUUAUUGUAGGCUUAAAAAUUUCGUGUUUAAAACUUGUACGUAUAUAAAAAAAUAUGGAUGAAGAUUCACAACUCUGA